AUGUCCCACAGAAGAUAUCUAGCCCUUAUCAAGCAACGUGAAGAUAAGCAACCAAACGACGAACAUGAAAAUCCCUAUAGUCAUACGGUACUAAUCGGUAAUUGGUUCGAAGAACGUUUUGCUAGUAAAAUUGAUCAUAAAGCUAUAACACCAGGAAUUUAUGGAGCCAGCAAAUGUCUAGCCGAGGAAACACUUUACAAAAAUGAUUUUAAAUUGCCCAUUAAGGACCCGAAGAAAUAUGAUGAAUUUAUUGAAUGGAAACAACAGGGUUUCAGUAAUCGUUUGAAUAGUGAAAAAACCAACAUAAAACUUUGUGAUGGUGAUCAGUUUAAACAAAAUAUUACCUCAUUUAAAGAUGUAAUGUAUCGUAUUAUGCCCCAGGAGGACAAGGGAGAGGAGGGAAUUAAGAAGAGUAAAAUUAAUGAGGAUUAUAUGCGUAGUUUUGGUAAUAGCACCCAAACGGGCCUAUUGCAAUGGCUUGAAUGUGAAAGAAAACGGGAUGAUGCCAUACCGCUUGAUGUGUCGCAUUAUAAAAAUAAUUUUAAACCCAUGAAAAUAACGAAAAAGAUUAUCUUACAUAAAGGAGAACAAAGAAAAACUAGUAUUUUAUAA